AUGAAGUUCACAGACUCGCCGGUAAUCGAACUUCCCGUCGCCAACGACGUUCUCUCUCUCCACCAAAACAAUGGCUCCAUGCACGUCGGAACCUCCGUCUGGCCUUGCUCUCUCGUCCUCGUCAAAUUCGUCGACCGCUGGAUCCAUUCCCCGCCCGACAACAACCCUUACACCCACCUCCUAAACUUCCAAACCAAGCGCGCCGUCGAACUCGGCUGCGGAUGCGGCGUCGCCGGUAUGGGCCUUUACCUAUUAGGCCUAACAGACAUAGUCCUCACCGACAUCUCUCCCGUGAUGCCUGCACUCAAGAAGAAUCUCAAAGUGAACAAACCUGUCCUCAAGAAGAAUCUCAAAUACUCGGUUCUUUACUGGAAUAAUGAUUCUCAGAUCAAUGCUCUUAAUCCUCCGUUUGAUUUUGUUAUUGCGGCUGAUGUUGUGUACAUUGAGGAGUCAGUUCCUUCGUUUGUUUCUGCCAUGGAAUCGUUGCUGGCUGAAGACGGUGUCGUUUUGCUUGGUUAUCAGAUUAGGUCACCUGAGGCUCAUGCGCUUUUUUGGGAAAUGUGUGGUCGAGUUUUUGAGAUUGAAAAAGUUCCUCAUGAGCAUCUUCAUCCUGAAUAUGCCUACGAGGAAGCUGAUAUUUAUCUGUUGAGGAAAAAGAAGAAGCAAUGA